CCUCUUGCCAAACUGUAUGUGAGUGAGACCGGUUGCAAAGCGCGGCACCCUGGAUUGAACCUUCUAGUGAUUAACAAAGUAAAAGCGGACAGGAUCUCUGCAGAACCGACUGAUGCUCCAGUCUGUCCUUCUAUCACAUGAGACCGAUUCACACAAGGCGUCGGCUCCCUCACUGCUCCUCCUCACUACCUGUGCAGGUGAACCUGGAGCUGGCGUGCGGGGGCGGAGCGGCGAGCACCUAUCCAGGUGGGCAGUGAGGGGCUCAUGUCGCGCGGCGGCCGGCAGUACGAGGCCCUGCUGGGCCGCAGCGAGAGAGUCACAUGGCAGAGAGACUGCUACAUGGACCUCCAGUCCAACCCCGGAGGACCCCCCUCCAAGAGCGACAGAGACGCCCACGGAUCCGUCUGGGUCCAUCAGCACCAGCAGCAGCUCCAGCGCUUCACCACCGCCAGCUUCCUGCGGCGGAUGCUGUCCCACCUGCGGGGGCAGGAGCUGCUGAGCGUGGUGGACGAGAUGCGGGUGGAGGACGGCGGAGGGAGGCAGGUGGAGGAGCAGGUCAUGACCCUUCUCUCCCUGCUGGCCAGCAGAGCCCCCCACGGGCCCGACGCCCUUCAAGCCUUUGUGGAGAACUCCGACUCCCACGAGGCGCGGCUCAUCCUGACACAUGACCACAUGGUGAAGGAGCACCAGACGAUGCUGCUCCAGAGGCUCGCUUCUUCCAGGGACCGGAUGUACAACGCUCCCCCCAGCCUGAGCAGCGCCUCCCGGGGCUUGCUGCUGGUGGACGGCCUCUCCAACCUCCAGCAGAAGGAGCACGACCUCAUGCAGGUCAACACCGCGCGGGGCAGCGGGCGGAUCCACCUCCGACCCCUGGCCCUGGCCAGGCUGAUGGAGCCCCUGACGCGGGUCAGCUCCUCUCCGAGGGUGUCUCUCACCGUGGGCGUGGCCGGCAUCGGCAAGACGGCGUUGGUCCGGCAGUUUGUCACCCAGUGGUGCCUGAGGAAGGUGUGCGGCGACAUCAGCUUCGUCCUGCCCUUGUCCUUCUGGGAGCUGAACUCCCUGGAGAAGGUGUCUGCCGAGAGGCUGGUGAGGCUGGCCUUCCCGCACCUGAGCGACCCCGCCCUCGUCCUGAGCGGAGCCUGUCGGACGCUGUUGAUAUUCGACGGCCUGGACGAGUUCCGCUGCCGGUUGAACUUCUCGGACGCGUCCACGUGCAGCGACCCGAAGAAGGAGGUGAGCGUGGAGGACUUGGUGACCAACAUCAUCCGCGGGAACCUCCUCCCCAACGUGUCGGUGUGGCUGACGUCGCGUUCGGCCCACGCGGCGCUGAUCCCCGUAGGACUGGUGGACCGGCUCACCGAGGUCCCUGGCUUCACCUCGCAGGACGUCCACACGUUCCUCCACCACUGUCUGCCGGAACGGGACACGGCGGGUCAGGUCUGGGCUCACCUGGAGUCCCACAAGUUCCUGAUGGUGAUGUCCUACAUCCCCUGCGUCUGCCAGAUCGUGAUGGAGACCCUGAGGUUCCUCCUGCAGAAGGGCUCGCCGGACAGCCUUCCCAGGACCUGCACGGAGCUCUACGCACACUUCUGUGCCAUGAACGCCGAGGCAGGGGAACCCCGAGGCCGGGAGCCCAUGAGGAUGGAGCAGGUCCAGGCCAGCCACCGUAAGCUCUUGGGACCCCUCGGCCGCCUGGCAUUCUACGGACUCAUCAAACACAAGUACACCUUCGGCGAGCAGGACCUCCGGGCGCACGGGGUGGACUUGCCGUCCGCGCAGGGCAGCCAUGGUGCUGCGCUCCUGGUGCGGGAGGAGUCCGCCAUCUUCGUGGCGUACCGCUUCACCCACCUGACGGUGCAGGAGUUCCUGGCGGCCACGUUUUACCACGUCUCCUCCAAGCGGGCCAUCUUCGACCUGUUCUCCGAGAGCGCCAUGUCGUGGCCCAAGUUGGGCUUCCAGAACCACUUCAGGAACGCCCUGCAGCGGUCGCAGCAGGACGACGGCGGCCACCUGGACGUGUUGGUGCGGUUCCUCGCGGGCUUGCUGUCUCCCAGCGCCGCCAAGCCACUUGCGGCGCUGGUGGGGAAGGACGACUGCAGCCAGCAGGUGUGGGCCGGGGGCUUCCUCCAGAGCCUGCUGGGUCCGACGGGGGGCUCGGAAGGGGGUGCAGCCGUCUCCCUGCGGGAGGUCAACCUGGCCUACUGCCUCCAGGAGCUGAAGCACACGGAGCUGCUUUGGAAGGUGGAGGAAGCGCUGAGCAGCGGCAGUCUGGCCGGGACGCUGAGCCGGUCCCACUGCGUCGCGCUGGCCUACCUGCUGCAGGUGUCUCCGGAGUGCUGCCAGGAGACCAACCUGUCAGACUGCCUCAACUACUCCACCGUCAAAUGUCUGCUGCCGCAGCUGCUGUACUGCUCCCACCUGAGGCUGGAGAACAACCACUUCAAGGACAACGUAAUGGAGUUGCUGGGAAGCCUAUUGAGUGCUAAAGACUGCCAGGUCCAGAAGAUCAGUCUUGCGGACAACUCUAUCGGUAACCUGGGAGCGAAAGCUCUGAGCCGAGCCCUCCUCGUCAACCGGACCCUCACCGCACUAGAUCUCCGCAGCAACAACAUCGGAGCCAAAGGCGCCCGUUUUCUGGCUGAAGCUUUGAAGAUGAACCAAGCCCUGGUGUCCAUCAAUUUCCAGAACAACGCGAUCGGGGAGGAGGGGACGCGUGCGCUCGCCGACGUUCUGCUGGUCAACCGCAAACUGGUCUCGCUCAACAUUCAGAACAACGCCAUCGGACCAGGAGGGGCGAGACGUCUGGCUGAGGCGCUGAAGACCAACCAGGCGCUGACGGAGUUGAAUCUCUGCAGUAACCAGCUGGGGGAUGGAGGAGCCACAGCCCUGGCCCAAGCCCUGGUGGAGAACCGCACACUCCUCUCUCUCCACCUGCAGAGUAACUCCAUCAGCGACCGAGGGAUGACAGCCUUGACCAGAUCUCUGAGGACCAACCAGUGCCUGCAGUCGCUAAAUCUGAGGGAGAACUCGGUAGGGGUGGUCGGGGCGAGGAACAUGGCCGCCGCGCUGAGGGAGAACGGAGCUCUACACAACCUGGAUCUGACUGCUAACCUGCUCCACGAUGAGGGAGUUCAGGCCAUCGCCGGCGCCAUUGGAGUCAACCAAUCACUGACCUCCUUACACCUCCAGUGGAACUUCAUCAAAGUUGGAGCCACCAAGGCCCUGGCCCACGCCCUCACCUCCAACACCUCCCUCAACCUCCUGGACCUCCAGGAGAACUGUAUCGGUGAUGAGGGAAUGGUGUGUCUGGCCAAUGCCCUGAAGAACAACUGCUCUCUGAAGACUCUGUGCCUCCAGGGUGUUUCUGCUGGAAGGUCUGGGGCCAUCGCCAUGGCAACGGCUCUGAUGGUGAACCACAGUCUUCACACGCUUGACUUGCGGGGGAAUUCCAUUGGGAUGGAGGGGGCUAAGGCGCUAGCCAGCGCGUUGAAACACAACCAUAGCCUCAAGUCUCUCAAUCUUCAGGAGAACGGCCUGGGGAUGGACGGAGCCAUAUUCAUCGCCACCGCCCUGAGAGCCAACCACCAACUCACCUACAUCAAUUUGCAGGGAAACGGCAUCGGGGAGUCGGGGGCGAAGGUCAUCUCUGAUACCAUCAGGACCAACUCUCCAGACUGUGUGGUGAUGAUCUGACCGCUGUUAACCGUAGCAACCAGAUCAGCCGAAUCCCAGCAGUCUCGUGUUCCACCACUUGUAUUUACUAAAUGGACAGUUACCAUCCCAGGGUGCCCGGUGGAAAGAGUCAAACUUUUCUGUAAUUGGUCGACGAUAGCAUGUGAAUGACACGCCAGUAGCUGGUAUCUUUAAAUAUUUGGCAUCUCUCGAAUAUGGACUACUAAUGCAUUCCACUCUCAAGCAGGAACUGCCAGGACAAGGAGACGUUAGCAAUCUCCUGGUGUCAUUAUCCUCCAAACUGCCCACACAUCAGUGACUAUAUUGUACCCUGUCGAAAUGUCCGUGCCCCAGCCGUUCGACAGGUUAUAUCAACCCGUUAGUAACCACAGUUAGCAAGGUUGCCCUCCCGCAGCGAUGCCACGGAGCCAUUCAAUUAAAUGCCUCGAACACAUUAACUCCACAUGAUAUCAUCAAUUCAUAAUGUACCAAUUCAUCUUUCAUGUGGCUGGAGCUGCACAAUGUAGCGUUACAGACUAGUUAUGACCGUGUCCAUGGUAGCACAAUGUAUGCAGAGAUAGAUUCCUAUGUAUAGAUAUAAUAUUUGUACAUUGUUUUAAUAAUGUAAUAUAUUACCUUGUUUUUUUCUCUAUACAAUUUAACAAUAAAAUGAGUCAUUGUAGUUGAAUGUGUGGUCAACGUGUACAUCUUGGAUUUCUGGUAAAGGGGAACUUGUUGAAGUUCUGGUCCACGUUCUAAAGGCCUAAAGGUCUGGUCAACGUGCACUUCUUUAGCACCUGGUCACGGUGUACGUGUUGGAUGGAGUGAGGUGUUUGAUGGUCUGAGGUCUGCUCCCGUGAGGACCCGUGUGGUGAUGGGUUGAUGUCUCCGUCACCAUGACAGUGAUUUGUCUUUACUACUUCAAAAUCACUCAGAGAAUGUAGUGUGGCUCUAUUUUAUACCCAAUACGGUAAAUUCUAAAUCAUUAUUUUAUGUUUCUCCCUACACGGGCGUGUGCUUUGGGCUUAAGAGCUACCAGGGUGCUACGCUAAACUAACACGAUUGACUUGUUACACGAGGUGAUGCAGAAAGUAAUAGAAACAGCAGGUUGUUUAUUUUAGUUGAAACGUGGCUACAGAAAAGGAUUACGUUCAUAAAACCAUAAAUAUGAACGCGUUUAGUGUACAAACCGUCGACAUGAACACAUGAGGAGAAGUAUGAAACAUGUAACAUUUUGAAGCAUUAUGUAAAGCUGGGUCUCUGGCCCCUGACCGGAGCUCUGAUCGCCG